AUGCGAUUCAUAAUGAGGCAUUGGCGUGUUUCUCACGCACGCCGUUUUCUAUAUAACAACUCACAGGCCGCGAAAGUGGCCAAUCUGGGGUUGAUGACUGAAUAUCUCAGCUCAGAAGCUGUUCCUCAUCUAUUGCAUAAACCGAUAAAACUAGAAAAAUUAGACCCCAACAUAACACUUCGGCUGUUCCCUACCACCCAUGCGUAUCUGCCCCGGAUCCAGGGAAUAACUAGAUACAAACACACCAUGCCGUUACUCACAUUAGUAGCGCGAAGUCUUGUUCUUCAUGAAUGUAGUGGUCUGCACGUGACGGGCGUUGAGACCAUAACGGGCGUCAGUAAAGAACAGCGCUACAACACCAUCACUGGAAAUGACAAGAUUGUUAUACAUUGGCAAACCUGUGAAGAUGACAGGGAUCGCGAAGUAGACCAAACAAAUUCUACAUCAGCAAAAAAACACUCGUUUACGCAGGCCGAUUUGGACGAAGUCGGACGCAAAUCAGAUUCCUCUUUCAACGUAACGACACACGAAUCGAUCAAUGCCAACACUUCACCAGACCAAGAACUACUACACUACAUUUUGAGUCCAGAUCAAAAAUCGUCUCGCGAAUUUUCGGGCCGUCCUCUCACUUUGCUGGACGAAUUGAAGAAAAAAUUGGGUUCUCCCCGGACUCUUCACGGUCUUUUCAUAUUCGAGCUCAACAGCGACAAUACUAAGAUCCUUGUACACACCAUCGACAACGUGGAGAUUUUUGGGAGACACGAAAAACAGGAAGCUGGAGCUUCUUUGGCAUGUUAA